UCUUUCCUCUCUUCUGCUAAUCCCAAUGCCAGUUUUCUCAUUGCUCCUCUUACCUAUGGACCAGAUUCGAUGCACAGUACCAGCUACCCAUACUAGGACCCUCCACUGAAGCUUAUCCAGCCAUUUCAACACACACACAUCGUCGUCCGUUGCGCUGCUUCUCCUGAUGCAUUUUUCCUCUACGAUCGUCCAGAUUCUUCGCUCCGACCAUCAUGAAUCCGGUUAAACAUCGUAUCUCUUUCCGACUCAUCGUACUCUUCUCGUUACUUUCCUCGUUAAAGGCGGAUUCGGUUGCAUCCUUAUCAUCCUACUCUUCUACGCACAACAGCAUUGUUCCUCGUUCUACCAAUGCAGCCACGCCGGAACCUACAAUCCAAAACCUUCCAGAUCUGGAUAUAACCGCCUCCUCAUCCUCCUCUGCUAUACCCGAUAGUAGCGAUCUCCAUUCGGCUAAGGUCGCCACGUCGGAACCCGCAUUGCGGAGCCUCCUGUUUUUGCGUGGAAAUGUCUUCAACCAGGCCCUCCGCCAAUCAGCAACCGCCACGCAGUUCACCAGCAGAGUCGGUACUACCGAUGACGGUGCUGCUAGCGGUGGUGCUGCCAACGGUGCUGUUGCUAACGGUGCUGCUAAUGGUGGUGUUAACAUUGUUGCUGCUACCGCUGGUGCUGAUGCUGCCGACGGUGACUCUAAAGGGGGAAGGACUGUUGAGCUCAGGAGUCGGCUUGACACUGCCUUGGAGGGAACGAGUGAGGUUGUGAUGGAUGACGAUGAGGAGGGGGGGGAGGGGGGAGAAGAAGAAAAAGCAGAAGCGGAAGAAGGGACGUCGACACCUCUGGCGGACACUCCUGAAAAGCUGGCCUCGUGGUUCCAAUCCUGGCGGAAAAACACCAGCGCGCUUAUCCCACCGGGCUUUAAAGACGCCUCGACUAUGGAAAUUUUAGAACUAAACGAUUGGCCCCCUGUACCCAUGCCUUUGCCGAACCUAGGGGAGGACGUUCGGGUGGAUCCGAGCCUGGAUCCGAAUGCCUGGCGUCCGUUUCACGUUAAGGGAACACCGCGUAUGAUCACAGUGUUCUCUGCGGAAUGCUCCUCUUAUAUGGAUUGGCAGUCAGUGGCAAUGGCUUAUAGCUUCAAACGAUCCGGGCAGCCAGGGAAGCUGGUGCGACUUCUGGCUUGUAACGAGGAUGCUCUUAAGGGGUACAGAGGCCUGGACAUUGCUCCUACCAUGGUGGUGCCUAAUUGGAACCGGGGUCCUCGGACUGGAGACUGGUACCCUGCGAUCAAUAAGCCAGUGGGGGUGAAAUAUUGGCUGGAUAAUAGCCCUGACGCUAACGAAGUCGAGUGGGUGCUUAUAAUGGACGCGGAUCAGCUUAUAAGGAGGCCGGUGCUGCCCUGGGAGUUGGGGGCGGAAAGAGGGCACCCAGUGUCAGCGAAUUACGGCUACCUCAAAGGGUGUGACAACAGCUUUGGCGAGCUGCAUAUGAAAAAUGCCACCUACUGUGAUAAGGUUGGAGGCUACAUCGUGAUGCACAUAGAGGACCUACGUCGCCUGGCGCCCAUAUGGAGUUCAAAGAGCGAGGAGGUGCGGGCGGACGUGGAGCACUACACCAUCAACGCCACGGGGGACAUCCACGGGCAGCGAUGGAUCAGCGAGAUGUACGGCUACUCCUUCGGCUCCUCCGAUGUGGGCCUAAAGCACAUCAUGAUCGAUAGCGCCAUGCUUUACCCCGGCUAUGACCCGCCUAUCGGGGUAGACCCCCGGAUGAUCCACUACGGCCUAGAGCUCAAGGUUUUAGACUGGCAGUGGGACAAGUCAGGCUUCUACCGCCAAGACAUGGUCAACACCUGCGGGCAGCAUUUCCCCGACCCGCCCGAUAUUUCCGCGCUGCCCGACAAUCAAACGUAUGAGGAGCGGCGGCGGGAUUUCAUCGUGAUUGAGUGUAUGGCUGUGCUGAACCGGGCUUUAAGGGAGUUUCAUAGGCAGAAGAGGGGGUGUUUUGUGGAGGGGGAGAGGGAUGUGGGGUUGAUGGAUCUGGGUGGGGCGUCACCAACAGUAACAGGGGAGCUGAGGGCGGAUGUUUGGGCUAGGGAGAGAGGGAAGGAAGUGGGGAUAGUGAGAGAGGUGAGAGAGACGAGUGGAUCUGGAAAGAGGAUUAGAGUGCAGGGUGACUAUGUGGUGGAUGUGAGUGAAAUGACGGAGAGAGCUGGGCUGGAGAGAGGGUUGCUAGUGGUGAGAGAACCGAGAGAGGGUGUAAGGGUAAGGAAGGCGGGAGGGAAGGGUGGAGCUGGGGAGGGGGAGGAGAAGAUUCCUUCGGAUGAGGAUAGUGUUGCUUAUGCUGGUUCAGCCACAAACGAGGAUGAAGGUGGGGAUGGGGAAGCAGGGGAUGGGGGGGAAGGGGAGGAGGAGGAGGUGGAUAAACCAGAAGCGGGAGACGCAAGGGAGCUGCUAGAGGGAAGGGAUGGGCAGGGUGAGCUUGGUGGGAAAGAGGGUAACCGCACGAGAGCGGUUACACCGGUAGGUACACUACCAGGUACACCAGCAGUUACACUUACCCGAGAGAAUAAAGGGAUGGGAGAUCUACAAGGGUCGGAAGUGCGGGUAACAAGUGGGGAAUACCCAAGAGAAGGGGCGGCAGGAGUGUGGGCGUGGCUGUGGGAAGAGAAGAGGUGGAUGUACCUGGUGUGGCUGGCCGGCAUGGUGCUACUGUUCAUGGGUGUUACAUACCGCGCCAGGAGGCAACGGCGACAUGCAAGGUCGAUAAAUUCUAAUUUGCCCAUUGUAACUGCCUCCGGUGGCGGAGUGGAGGAUGCGGGGGAGGGUGGUUUGAGGAAACCAAAACGCCGUGCUGGGGGAUUGUCGAAAGAUGUGGUUGUAUGACGAUGUGUCUGUCUAGUACAGCUUCGGCUUUGCAGAGACAAAAACUUAUUGCCACCAACAUAGGAGUGUUUAUCAGAAAUUCAAGUGACGGAUGAUAGAGAGAGAGUACACACAAUAUAGCUAAGUGUUGUAC